GCCAUUAGUGAAGGAAGAGGUUUGAAUAGUAACUUAAACAGGAAGGAAACUAGAGUUUGCUAUUCAAUGCAGUACAAGUUCUCAAGACUACUGCAUUUGAGUCUUGUUUAGCUUCUGCUUCUUUUGGAAGAAAACAAGCUUUCAGACACACCCCUUUAAGUUUCUGUUUCUGUUCUGUUAGAAGGAAGACUGAGUGAUAUGGAUGAGAAGAAUGAUGCUGAUAAGGUGGAAGAUGUGAUGCUUCCUGGCUUUAGAUUUCAUCCUACAGAUGAGGAGCUUGUUGGGUUUUACCUCAAAAGAAAGAUUCAGCAGAGACCUCUGCCAAUUGAGCUGAUCAAGCAGAUAGAUAUAUACAAGUAUGAGCCAUGGGAUCUUCCAAAAGAGCUGGCAGCUUCAGGUGAGAAAGAAUGGUAUUUCUACUGUCCAAGGGACCGUAAAUACAGGAACAGUGCAAGGCCUAACCGAGUCACAGGAGCUGGAUUUUGGAAGGCAACUGGGACAGACCGGCCUAUUUACUCCUCCGAUGGUAAUAAGUGCAUUGGUUUAAAGAAGUCUCUAGUUUUCUACAGAGGUAGAGCUGCCAAAGGGAUGAAAACUGACUGGAUGAUGCAUGAGUUUCGGUUACCUUCUCCCUCAGAUUCAACACGACAAAAGCAACUGGACAAAAGCCUCCCUGCAAAUGAUGCAUGGGCUAUUUGUAGGAUCUUCAAAAAGACCAACUCGCUGGCACAAAGAGCUCUUUCCCACCCUUGGACAUCUCCAUUAUCAGAAACUAUGGCAUCUGAUAUACUCAAUCAUGGCAGCACUCAUAUCAGUUCAGAGAAUAUUUCUUGCACAACUGAAAUGGGUUCAUCAGCAAUGCAGUUACAUGGCAACAAUGACCUGCAACAAACCUCCACAACUAGUUUUGCUGCUGUGGAUGUUCCCCCUUAUAAAUCCUAUAAUCCUAUAGUCUAUAAACCAUCUUUUUUUCCUGUUUCCAAUGGAGACCUUACCAGCAAUUUCUUAUUCUCACAGCUUGACAUGUCAGGAGCAACAACAAAGUGUACAGCUGAUACUCCCUCUAUGCUAUUGAGCCCUGUCUUAAUCAGUGAAAUUAGUAAGGCCUCAGAGAGUAUAGUCUUUGAAGGGCAAGAACAGCAGUUUAGUGGCUUCUCAAUUAGCCUGCCCCAAGAGAUGCAAGGGAAUACUGGCGUAGGAGAAGAUGAGGCACACACAAGGAAGAACCAGGAGAAUCACCGAUGGGGGCCUAGCCAAUCAAUAGGAUUCCCUUUCAGCUUGCCUCUAAACCUGCCUGAUUCAUGGAAGCCAAACCUACCAUGGGACUCACCAACCUAUCCUAGUGAGAUGUCAACUACUUAUUGCCCAAACAAAUGCUAUUCUUAAAGCAAUUGUGUUCUGGUUUUGGAUUAUUAAGUUGGAGCUACUAUGAGUGACACAGCUAUUUUCAAUUUUAUUGUACAUUUUUCACGUUUCAUAAUGUAUUCCAACUAUGAACACAAGACUGAAUACUUCCAAGUACUUAUUCCAUAUUUUCUUUUACAGUUCUCAUAGCUCUAAGGCUCCAUAGUUUUCUUUGCAUAUGUUACUUGAGAAUAGCAUGUUUCUCAAAAGCAAACCACUUAGAGAUCUUCAUAGGAUCAGAUGGCAUCCCAUCUAUUGAAUCCACACUGGUUUCUUGAUCAGAUAUGCAUUUUUGAGCCGUGCUCUGGAUUAUCUAACCUUUGGCCAGACGCGAAAAUGUUCGAACAC